AUGCCAGCCAUCCUUUCUAACCAGACCCCUUCAGUCGAGCUCCGACAAGCCUCCAAGCUGGACCUUGUAGCACAGCCGCAAACCACCACAUCCCGCGAGCUGCCCUCCACCGCAGAGUGCGCCGCUCAUCUCCAGCUCCUCGAGACCUUUGUGACCCUCCACGGCACCGUCCAGCUCCUCGCCGCUGAUGCAGGCCUCGCUCCCGAGCACGCGUGGGACCUGUACUGCAACCGCGCGGUCGCCCGCUUCGAGGAAUGGAGCACCAGCGCUCAGAGGCCGACUGAGCGGAUGCCCUCAGUCGACGUGCUCAUGGCAUGGCAUGCCCUGAUGCUGCACCCCAAGGCGUAUGCACGCUUCAUCGAGCUCGGCGGAAGGCUUGGCCUGGACGGGAUGAAAUGGUCUGAGAUCUCAAACUCAACAAUCCCCAACAUCGACCUCGACUCUCUCACCUCGGCCCACACGGGCGUCUUCACCCACCGCUCCGAGACCGGGACCCCCCUCUUCACCUACCCUCUGGCCGCCGCGAUCCAGCGCCAACUCUCCUUCUCCGUCAAGAUGGCCCGCCACGCCUGGCUCCGCAGCCCGGCCCUCGCAUCAACCCUCACCCAGUCCCAGACCAGGUACGCGCGCUUCUUUCAGCUCAUCGCCGCGCACCCGCGCACCGUCAUGGUGCCGACGCUCGACAUCGACCUCGUCUGGCACACCCACCAGCUGUCCCCCGCGCGGUACCUCGCCUACUCGAAGCGGACGACGGGCAAGCUCGUGGACCACGACGACGAGAUCGAGGACGAGAGGCUGGGCGAGCUGGCGGGCGACAUGCAGGGUCUCUGGGCGAGCGCGUUCGGCGAGAGCUACCACGCGUGUCUGUGCUGGACCUGCGAGGGCGGGCGCGCGGGCGUCGACGCGAGAGUUUUGGAGCAAAGAUUACGGGACGAGGAGACGGUCCGCGGCGUGCUGCCGCUGGCCGACCUCGCGUUCCCCAGGUGCGGCGACUGCGGCGAGCACCCGGAGAGCUGCUGUCCUCCGGUCGAGGGGGCUGCCGGGUGCGGGAGCGGGUGCGGCGGCGGUUGUGGAGGAGAGGGCGGCUGCGGCAGCUGUGGUGCUAUGCGGUGA